GGCGACGAAUCAGAUAAAAAAAAGGCCACAGAAUGGGAAAAGACACGUUCAUGUAUACGGGUUCACAUCGAUAAUCGAAUUUAUGGUGCAAUUAAUAAUAUACAUGGAAGCAUAAGUAGUGAAGCGUUUAAUGUAAAAUUUACGCCAAAGAGAACUAAUCAAGAAAAAGAUAAUGAUAAAGUCCGAAAACGGACUAGGAUCGAUGUCUAUUUCCAAAGAACACCCGAACACCAAAAGGCAAUUGAACAAAAUUUGAUAUAUAAUUAUUCCAUUUAUGAUCACGAAGUUAUUAUAGAGAACGUUGAUAACGAAGAUGCUUACACAAAAAACAUACAACUAUCUUAUGAGAAUGUGGCAGAAGUUCAUAGCAUUAUUGAAAAGAUACAAUAUAUCGAAUGUUUUUUCUUUAAGUAUAGGGUUGUAAAACUUUUAGUGCAAGAUACCUCGGAAGAAAUCGAAAGCAAAAAUCAAAGAAAUGAAACUCGCCAAUACAAACAAAGAAUCCAAAUUGGUUGUUAUCAAGAUGGAAUCUAUACAAUCAAUGGUAAUGCAACUAUCUUUGAGAUCGGUUUUUUAGAAGUUGUUGGAAGUACUAAUUGUGUCGAUAUUACAAAACUAAAUGAAGACACUGAAAAUUUUUAA